AUGGGGUCGUACGAAGACCGGAUUCGCAACUUCAGCAGCGCCGAGCGAGUUUUCGAGUUCUUCGCUUCCGUGACCAAUGAAAAAGGAACUUUCAUGACCCCUGCCGACUUCGCCCGGUCCAUCACGCCAUACCAGCACCGGAUCGGCGAGAAAGUUGGGUCCGAGAACCCCAAGUACAGGUUUCAGGCGAAGCACCACGGGCCGACGGCAUCGGAGCUGAAGGGCUACAAGAAGGUGCUCAAGGCCAUCCUGGAGGACUCGCGGAUAACAUUCUCCGUCUUGCCCCGGACACCUCGACCGUUUUGCGACUGGUUGGAUCGGUCGGGAGAAACGAGAGGGGGGGGGGGGUCGUGA